CAGGACCCCUGAAUGGCGGCGUCCAGUGAAACCAGGCAUCAGACAAUGAGGAUCCUUGGCUUGCUGCUUGUCCUGAUGCAAUUGCAAUGUGCACACUCGGCACCAAAGGGAGUCACGGCCAGUCUGAAGGCCAAGUGGCCCCUGACUCCACUUUUACUGGAGACAAGUGAGUUUAUUGGCGAAGAAGGAGAUGACAAGUUUUGGAAAUUUGUUGAUACUGUGAAGGAGUUGACUGUGUACAAAAAUGGAGAAUCUGCCAGAUCAUACUAUAAUCUGAUCAUUAAAAAAGCUGGUCAGUUCCUGACUGAUCUUCAGGUCAGCCUGCUGAAGUUUGCACUGUCGCUAAGAGCCUACUCACCUGUAGUACAGGCAUUCCAACAGAUUGCCAGUGAUGAGCCUCCACCAGAUGCUUGCUCUGCCUUCGUCUCCAUCCAUGGCCAACAUGCGUGCAGCACCAAGAACAUGAAGAAACUCCUGAAGGGUGCCUCAGGCAGGCCAAAUCCGUACUUGUAUAAGAAUGAUCAUAAGUAUCCAGGGGUGAACAGGACAGAUCUUCCUGUCGUCAUACUUUAUGCUGAAAUCGGCACCAAAAAGUUCAACGCAUUCCAUAAGGUUCUUUCUGAGAAGGCAGAAGAGGGGAAGCUAAUCUAUGUGCUGCGCCAUUUUGUCGCUGAGCCAAAGAAGCAGCACAUGCUUCUGUCUGGAUAUGGUGUGGAACUCGCUAUUAAAAGUACCGAGUACAAAGCUGUGGAUGAUACACAAGUUAAAGAUUCAAAAUCAACAGCCACUUAUGAAGAGGACGACACAGAUGACGUUCAGGGCUUUUUAUUUGGAAAAUUAAGGGACUCUCAUCCAGAACUGCGGGAGCAGUUAGGAGAAUUGAGGAGACAUCUGUUGGAAAGCAUGAAUGACAUGGCGCCUCUCAAAGUGUGGGAGCUACAAGACCUGAGUUUCCAAGCAGCAACCCGGAUCAUGUCUGUGCCAAAGUUCGAUUCCCUCAAACUGAUGCGAGAUCUCAGUCAAAACUUCCCCAGCAAAGCAAGAUCACUGACCAGAGUGGCUGUAAACCAAGAAAUGAGGAAAGAAAUCGAGGAGAACCAAAAGCGACUGAGCAAAUCUCUGGGAAUCCACCCUGGAGACUCUAGUCUCUACAUUAAUGGAAUGCACAUUGAUCUGGACCUUCAUAACCCCUUCAGCAUACUGGACAUCAUCCGAGGAGAGGCAAAGCUUCUGGAGGGGCUUCAUAGCCUUGGCAUCAUGGGCACCGCCUUGAGCAAAUUUCUUCGCCUUCCCGUGACCACAGUGGAGGACAGCUAUGCGCUGGACAUCCGGCAUGCUGCAAUAAUGUGGGUUAAUGAUAUUGAAACAGACUCCACAUACCGGAACUGGCCCUCCAGCGUUCAGGAGCUGCUCAGAGCCACGUUUCCUGGUGUGAUUCGACAAGUUCGACGGAACUUCUUCAGUUUGGUUCUGUUCCUUGACCCAGUUCAGGAAGACAGCAUUGAGCUAGUCAAAUUAGCCGAGCUUUUUUACAAGCACAAGAUUCCUCUCAGGAUUGGAUUUGUCUUUGUUGUUAAUGAAGAUGAAAAGGUGGACGGUUAUAAGGAUGCUGGUGUUGCUUUCUUCAGAAUGUUGAACUAUAUCACAGAGGAGUAUGACAUAACCCAGGCUUUCUUCUCCAUGGUGUCUAUGUAUAACAAAGUGGAUGUUGGAGAUUCCUUAUCAGUUGACGCUGUGACAGCAUAUCUGAAGAAGAAAUUUCCAAAAGCUAAUGCUGCCAAAAUCCUUGGGAUGGACUCAGUCUAUGAUGAUAAUAGAAAGGCUGGGACAGUUUUCUACAGAAAGAGUGGGCUUGGCUCUCUUCCUGUGGGUCUGUUUAAUGGGGUUCCACUCAGCACUGAGGAGAUGGACCCAGACGAAUUGGAGACCAUCCUGCUCCAGCACAUCAUGGAUGCAACUAACUUCUUCCAGAAAGCCGUUUUCACGGGUCAGAUCUCUGAAGGUACGGAUGUGGUGGACUUCCUGAUGGAGCAACCUAACGUUGUGCCACGCAUUAACCCUCUUAUUCUAAGCUCAGACAGGCGGUAUCUGGACUUCACAGCAUCUCCAGUUGCGGAUGACUGGGAUGAUUCAGUCAUGUUCUCAUAUCUGGACUCCAAGGACAAGACAGCAGUUGUUUCAAAGAGAAUGAAGUAUUUAACAAAGCAUGAAGAAGAGAUGGUGUGUGGAGUAACCUUUUGGAUUAUUGCGGAUGUUGAGCAAGCUUCUGGAAGGCAGAUUCUUCUAAAUGCGUUAAAACAUAUGAAGUCCAGUAGUUCCAGUUGCCGUGUUGGUGUGCUUAAUAACCCCAGUGACCAACCCACUGAAGACAACAGUGGCUUCUACAGAGCUAUCUGGGCCUCCUUUCUCACACAGAGCACCAAGAAUACCCUCGAUUUCACCUUAAAACUUCUUAAAGAAGAGACCGUGCAGCUCCUCACACGGGGCACCAAGAUUAAAGAUCUACUUUUAAAGGGCAUGGACCAGGAUGCCUUUGAGAAGAAGUUCAACACUAUGGAGUUGGGCUUUUUGCACAGCCAGCAGAGAUUCUGUCAGCAGGUGCUGAAGGUGAAGGCAGGGCAGACGGCUGUGGUCAGCAAUGGCAGGGUCCUGGGUCCAUUUGCAGAAGGAGAGAAGUUCAGCACAGAUGAUUUCCACUUGCUGGAGAAAGUCACGCUCAGCACCUCGGCAGAGAAGAUCAAGGCAAAAGUAAAGCAAAUGAGCUUGACACCCAAAAAUGCAUGUGAUCUUAUUAUGAAAGUGGAUGCUCUUCUGUCAGCUGCUCCAAAAACAGAGGCCAGGAAGGAGAUCAAAUUUCUCAAAGACAAACACAGUGUUUUGCACCUUUCCCCACGGGAAGAUGAGGUGUUUUUUGAUGUGGUUGCAACUGUGGAUCCUCUCACAAGGGAUGCUCAGAAGUUGGCCCCGUUAUUGAUCGUGCUUGGUCAGGUGGUAAAUAUGAGGGUUCAAUUGUUCAUGAACUGCAGAGCCAAGCUGUCAGAGAUGCCCAUGAAGAGCUUCUAUCGUUUUGUGAUGGAAGCGGAUAUGGUUUUCUUCGGGAAUGACACACUGUCACCCGGCCCGAUGGCUCGCUUCACUGAGAUCCCAGAAUCCCCAUUGCUUACACUGAACAUGAUCACACCAGAGAGCUGGAUGGUGGAAGCAGUCCAGAGCCCAUACGACCUGGACAACAUUCACCUACAAGAGGUCAGUGGCAUGGUAAAUGCAGAGUACGAACUGGAGUACCUGCUGCUGGAGGGCCACUGUUUCGACCUGUCCACAGGCCAGCCUCCACGAGGACUGCAGUUUACACUUGGCAUGAAGCAGGAGCCACUCAUGCACGAUACCAUCGUUAUGGCCAACCUGGGAUAUUUCCAGCUGAAGGCAAACCCGGGUGCCUGGAUCCUGAGGUUACGUAAGGGACGUUCUGAAGACAUUUAUCAGAUACAGGCGCACGAUGGAACAGACUCCCCUGCAGAUGCUAGAGAUGUUAUAGUGAUGCUCAACAGCUUUCACAGCAAGAUCAUCAAAGUCAGAGUUCAGAAAAAGCCAGACAAACUCGAUGAAGAUCUUCUGAGUGAAUCUACAGAAAACAAAGGCCUGUGGGACUCGAUUACAAGUUUAACAGGCAGUUCCAGCGUUGAUGACAGUGAUACCAAGAAAGAGGACGUGCUCAACGUCUUUUCAGUGGCGUCUGGACAUCUGUAUGAGCGCUUCUUGAGAAUAAUGAUGCUGUCUGUCCUCCAACACACUAAAACCUCUGUCAAGUUUUGGUUUCUGAAAAACUACCUCUCUCCGUCCUUUAAGGAGUCCAUUCCCCACAUGGCUGAAGCCUAUGGUUUCCAGUACGAACUUGUGCAGUACAAGUGGCCGCGUUGGUUGCAUCAACAGACAGAGAAGCAGCGCAUCAUCUGGGGCUACAAGAUCCUUUUCCUGGAUGUUCUCUUCCCUCUAGCAGUGGAUAAGAUCAUCUUUGUGGACGCUGAUCAGAUUGUCAGGGCAGAUCUGAAAGAGCUGAGGGAUUUGGACCUGGAGGGAGCCCCCUACGGAUAUACGCCAUUCUGUGACAGCCGCCGUGAAAUGGACGGUUACCGUUUCUGGAAGACUGGUUACUGGGCAUCCCAUCUGGGUCACAGGAAAUACCACAUCAGUGCACUGUAUGUGGUGGACUUAAAGAAGUUCAGGAAGAUUGCAGCAGGAGAUCGUCUUCGAGGACAGUACCAAGCUUUAAGCCAAGAUCCAAACAGCCUUUCCAAUCUGGACCAGGACCUCCCGAACAACAUGAUCCAUCAAGUGGCCAUCAAGUCAUUACCUCAAGACUGGCUGUGGUGUGAAACUUGGUGUGACGAUGUCUCCAAGGCCAGCGCUAAGACAAUCGACCUGUGAUGGAUAGCUUGACGGACGAAGCGAGGCAAGAGUCACCACGGAGCAUGAUGUUUGCGGAUGAUGAUGUGAUAUGUGGUGAAAGUAGAAAGGAGGUUGAGUUGGGUUUGGAGAGAUGGAGGUAUGCAUUGGAACGAAGAGGAAUGAAGGUGAGCAGGAGCAAAACAGAAUACAUGUGCAUCAAUGAGAACGGGGAUGAGAGUGGAGUGAAGAUGCAAGGUAAAGAAAGUUGGUGAUUUCAAGUACCUGGGGUCAAAUGUGCAGGAAAAUGGGGGCUGCGAUAGUGAGGUGAAGGAUUUCGGGAGUCAUUUGUGAUAGGAAAGUCCCAGCAAAAGUGAAAGGUAAGCUGUAUAAGACAGUAGUGAGACCAGCUAUGAUGUACGGAUUGGAGACCGUACCCUUAACGAAGAGACAGGAGGCCGAGUUGGAGGUGGCGGAGUUGAGGAUGUUAAGGUUUGCGAUGGGAGGUUGGACAGGAUAAGGAACGAGCACAUCAGAGGGACAGCACAUGUGGAGAGCUUGGGAAUGAAGCUAAGAGAGAUGAGAUUGAGAUGGUAUGGCCACGUCCUGAGAAGAGAUGCAGAGCAUGUUGGAAGGAGAAUGUUGAGGAUGGAGCUGCCAGGCACACGAAAACAAGGAAGGCCAAAGAGGAGAUACAUGGAUGUGGUGACAGAGGACAUGAAAGUGGCAGCUGUGGUAGAGAAGGAUGCGGAAGACAGGGAGCAAUGGAGACGAAAGAUCCACUGUGGCGACCCCUAAUUGGGAGCACCCUGAAGAAGAAGAUCUAUAUGAGAGAGAGAGAGGAUAUUAUACAGUUGUGUGAAGAUAUGAAGUUUAUCUUUGGUGAAUGCAUAUAUAUUUUUUCAACAUGAGAAGAUAAACUUCAUAUCUCCGUGCCACCGUGUAAUGUUCUUUAUAUUAUAUGGACACAUGCACACACAAAAAAAUGCAAGUUAAUAAAAGAAUUUUAAUUUUGAACCGGUUCGCCAUUUUGACAACGCGCGUCUAGUGAGCAGGAAAACACUAGGAGUGACAUCAUCAGAGUGAAAUAUCAGAAAUUAUGACAUACAGGACACUUUUUCCAUGUGAUAAAAACAUUUAUUUUUUCGCAGUCUGGUUUCCAUCAAAUCCUGCGCUCUGAGUGGCUGGCGAGCGGGUCCGUAUCCUACCAUACGGACCUCUGGCGACUCGCUCGUUCACAACAACAACAAACAACAUAGUAGCAAUUUUUGUCAACAUUUAUUUUCACACUUCUCAGGAGAAUAGCAUAAAUUUUACAUCAUGGAUAGCGAUAAUGACAGUGUUCACAGCGAAAGCGAGUUUUACUACCCUGAGGAAGACAAAAUAAAAGAAAACAUUUCAGGAGAAAGCUAAAAACCUGUAACUGUUGCUAACGCCAAGCAAAAACAUGGCUGAAUCCUGAAUUACUCAAUUUUGUAUAAAUAAGGGACUACAUAGGCGGCAAAAUGUAGUUUUUUCCCUGCCAUGGAAGUGCACUUGUAUACCGAGGAGGAAGUCAUUUGCAUUACAGACGUGAAUGAGGAUUCAAAAUGGCGGCUCGGCUCGGUUUUCCCUUUCGGGCACUCUCGUUUUCUGUUAGAAUUUGGUAAAGAAAAAACUAAAUAUAUUAUUUACCAGCUUAAAGGGAUAGUUUG